AUGGCAACUGCAAUGGCUUCAAUCCGGGCGGCUACGUCCCGUCCCAUCAAGAACGUCAACUCCUUCUACACCGACUACCUCCACAUCGUCAAAGCCUCCGGCGAACAGUCCGGCCGCGACAUGAACUACGACGAGGAGAAGCAGUUGUCCUCGUCCACCCAGGGAAACACCACCGACAUGGACUCUGAACCUCUCACCUGUUUCGAUACCACAGCCAUCGGCCUCGUCGUAAUCUACGCCGUGUUCUUGGUCACCUUCAGCGCCUACACCUUGCGUGACGUCAUCCGCGAACCCUCGGAACAAUACGUCUUGGACCCCGAGGUCUUCAAGACCAUUGCGGCGGCGGUGUAUCUCCUCCACGGUGCUCUCUACUUCUGUUAUUCGACCUAUGUCGGCUUCAUAUUUGUAGGACAGACGGAGGAGAAGGACAAGACUGAGAGUGCUGCCGAGGCGUAUGCCGCUGCACAGACGUUUGCGGACGAUGAUACCGGCGGCUGGUGGUGGGAGCCGUGUCUCUCGGCCGAGGCUAUCGAUACCCUGAUUCGCAUCCAAAUCGCCAUCUUCGUCGUCGCCUUCUGGCCUCUGUUUAUGGUCUACAACUUUGCGGCCAUCACCUGCAAUGACUUUCAGCGCUGCACAGCCACUCAAGGCGUUGACCGGGAGAUUGCUCCCCGCGCCGCCUGCUCUGCUGGCAACCGCGCUCGGGAGAAUCAAUGUAAGAGGACCUCUGAGAUCUCUGAGAAGGAGCCGUUGCUUGGGCAGAGGCUGACUGCGUCAGAGAUCGUGGCGAUUGAGAAUGAGGCGGCGGCGGCUGAGGUGUGGAGGAUGUAUAAGGCUAGGAUGGUUGAGCAGAAGCCAUAUGCUCCUGCCGUCAAGGAGUAG